UUCUCCUCAAGAGCCCUAAGAAUAUGAAAUUUUGGCGCCAAUUUUCUAGGGCUCUAGUGGGAUCGAUGGAGAGAGAGCGAUCCCGGCUAAUCGCCUUGGCGUUGGAUGUAGGCUUCGAUCGGGAUGUCGCGAAUGCGGUUCUGGAUCAGCUGAUUAGUCUCUAUGGGUACGAGGGCCGAGAUUUCGUCACCGUGGAGCAUUGCGGGGAUGAUUUUCUCGCGAGGCUGGCUGAUAGCACGCAAGCUCACGAGGAUUGGGAAACGAGUAGCCCUCUUGCUGCUCCCGAGGAUGGGGACGAUGCCUUUGAGCUCAAGGAGAAUGUGGUGGCUGAUAGCGAGAACGAGGAAGUGGAGAAUUCGAUGGUGAGAGAUGUGAGUUCUUCCAGCUCCGAGGAUGAGGACGACGAUGUUAUCAUCAUUGAGGCCGAUGAAGAAACUCCCAUUAAACCAAAUGAGAAGCAAAGCUCGGCUCGAAAGAAUCAUCCUCCCAGCACUGCCGGAAGCGCGAAGAAAGCAAAGAAAUUAGAUGGGCGUAUCUCAUCCUUCUACUCGCCAUCUCCUGGAACUCCCAGUUCUUCGGAGGACUCGGCUACGCGACGCCCAACUUACGAACAUUUGCGUUUGUUGGAUGACUUCGACCUUGCAAACACUGCCAUCUUUUAUCACAACAAGUUUAGGCCGUUCCAGCGCAUGGGAUGCGAGGCUGCGAUGGCUGGGAAAGAUCUCUUUAUUUUGCUUCCAACGGGUGGAGGAAAGAGUCUGUGUUAUCAGCUUCCCGCAGUGAUGUCUCCUGGAGUAACCGUCGUGGUGUCACCACUCUUGUCGCUCAUUCAAGACCAGGUACUGGCACUCGUCGAGAAGUUUCGGAUUCCUGCCGCAUUUUUGAGCUCUCAAUUAUCGUCUUCUCAAGCAGCAGCUGUCAUGCAGGAACUGAGAAAACAGCGACCCUCUUGCAAGCUUCUGUAUGUGACGCCUGAAAAGCUCGCCAAGAGCGCUUCCUUUCAGGACGUGUUGCACGGCCUGGACCGGCAUAGGUUGCUGGCUCGUUUUGUCAUUGACGAAGCACACUGCGUGAGUCAAUGGGGACACGACUUCAGACCGGAUUAUAAAGCCUUAGGAAUUCUAAAGCAGCAAUUUCCCCGAGUCCCUUUGAUGGCACUAACAGCCACAGCAACACAUAGUGUCCGAAAGGUACUUUUCAGUGUUCUUAUCGUCCAGCAAACCAUUUUUGUGCAGGAUAUACUUUCAAUUCUUCGUAUACCUCAUGCGACAGUCAUAGAGACGAGUUUCGAUCGUCCCAACUUGAAAUACAAGGUUGUGAUCAAGGAUCCGAAGGACCCGUUAGAGCAGCUUGGGAAGAUUAUAAAGGACGACUUUGCACGCCAGUGCGGAAUAGUUUACUGCCUCUCCAAGAACGAGUGCAAGGACGUUUGCGACUACCUCAGCAACAAGUGCAAGAUCAAGACAGCGUUCUAUCACGCCGGCCUCAGCAACCGCGAGAGAGUUUUGGUCCAAAACAAGUGGCAGAAGAACGAAGUCCAAGUAAUAUGUGCCACCAUUGCUUUCGGCAUGGGGAUCGACAAGGCGGACGUGCGAUUUGUCAUCCACAACACCAUGUCUAAAGCCAUCGAAGGCUACUACCAAGAAUCCGGAAGAGCUGGACGCGAUGGCUUGUCCUCGACGUGCCUCGUUCUAUACCAGAAGAAGGAUUUUAGCCGCAUAGCGUGCAUGCUGCGCAGCGGCUAUGGCCGCUCCAAGGAUUCCUUCAAGCGCGGAGUGGAACAAGGCCGCAAAAUGCAAGAAUACUGCGAAGAAAAGAAUCAGUGCCGAAGAAAGCUUCUUCUCGAGUACUUUGGCGAGAAUUCCAUGUCGCAGAACGGCUGUCCAACCGGUCCAAAUCGUUGUGACAAUUGCUCGAGACAAAGUUGAAAGAAAAGGUAUUUACUUGAUGUCAAUAAAUCAAGUAAGAAACCACAAGGGUAAAAAAGUGCGCUUUGUUUCAAAA